CCUCGACGGCGUCGAUCGAUCACUUCACGGCCACACACCAUGCCCGGCGACACGGAACCGCGCGUCGUGGAGGACUUCCUCGGCGUCGUCCAGCUCCUCAGCGACGGCUCCGUCGUCCGCGGCGACGAAGCCGUCCUCCGUUCAAACGAGCCGUUACCGGACGUCCCCGGCGUGCAGUGGAAGGACGUCCUGUACCACGCGGCGCACGGCCUUAGUGUCCGCGUGUACAGGCCGGCGUCGUCGGUGGCCGGCGGCAGCAAGCUCCCGGUGCUGGUGUACUUCCACGGCGGCGGCUACUGCCUCGGCUCGUUCGCGGAGCCCAACUUCCACUCGUUCUGCCUCCGCGCCGCAGCCGAGAUCUCGGCCGUCGUGCUGUCCGUGCAGUACCGCCUCGCCCCCGAGCACCGCCUCCCCGCGGCCAUCGACGACGGCGCGUCUUUCCUGUCCUGGCUGCGCGGCCAGGCCGAGCUUGGCGCCGGCGCCGACCCGUGGCUCGCGGAGUCGGCCGACUUCGCCCGGACGUUCCUCUCCGGCCACUCGGCGGGUGCCAACCUGGCCCACCACGUCACGGUCCAGGUCGCGUCGGGGGAAAUCGCCACCACCCCGGUGCGCAUCGUCGGGUACAUCCUGCUCUCCGCGUUCUUCGCCGGGGCCGAUCGCACGGCAACGGAGGCCGACCCGCCGGCGGGCGUGUCCCUGACGACCGCCAUGGCCGACCAGCUCUGGCGCAUGUCGCUGCCGGUGGGGGCGAGCAUGGACCACCCGCUGGCCAACCCGUUCGGGCCGGAGAGCCCGAGCCUCGCGCCGGUGGAGCUUCCGCCGGCGCUCGUCGUGGCGCCUUUGAGCGACGUGCUCCGCGACCGCGUGCUGGGGUACGGGGCGAGGCUGAAGGACAUGGGGAAGGCCGUCGAGGUUGUCCAGUUCGAGGGAGAGCAGCAUGGCUUCUCCGUCCGCCAGCCGUUCGGCGAGGCGGCCGACGAGUUGCUGCGGGUGAUCAAGCGGUUCGCCUACAGCGGCAACUGAGCGGUGAUGAGUUGCGAUUUGCCUGAUGCUUGCGUGUUGCAUGGAAAUCCCGUUAUUGAACCUAGUGAUGCAUUUUGAUGCCAGUUCUCAACGAGCAGCAGAACCGCACUGGGAUUGCCUCGCUUUUGUAGAAAUAAAUCUACUUGCAACUUUCAUUUCUUGAUGGACGUUCAGUCAUAUACUCUGAUCAAGAACUACUUCAAAUUUGUACAGUACAAAAUUGUCAAUUCUAACAAAA